UGCCCCGAGCUGGGCCGGGACCUGCCGGGGGCGCUGCGGAUGCUGAGCCAGCUCGAGGCCAUCCGGGGGGCUCUGGGGGGCCGCGGGGCGCCGCUGGAGCGGCUGCUGGAGCGGGGACGGGAGCUGCUGGCGCUCGGACCCCCCGAGGGUGCCGGGGCCGCCGAUGGAACCGCGGGAUCCGACGCGGGGUUGGUGGCACAUGGCACGGGAUCAACGGGAUCCGCCGCGGGAGCAGCAGGGACUGAGGAACCCGUGGAAUUAACGCCUGGAUCCAUGGGAUCCGCCACCAGAGCAACACAGAGCAUGGAACCCAUGGAAUUAACCCCUGGAUCUGUGGGAUCCGCCACCAGAGCAACACAGAGCGUGGAACCCGUGGAACUCAGCCCUGGAUCCUUGGGAUCUGCCACCAGAGCCACACGGAGCGCGGAGCCCACGGGAGCCGCCCCCAGGGCCGAGGAAGCCCAGGCCGCAUCCCUGGAAGGUGCCACGGCCCCCGAGGGCUCGUCCCGGAGCGCGGAGCCGGUGCCGGCGCUGGAGCGGCGGCUGCGGGCGCUGGAGUCGCUGUGGUCGGCGCUGCCGGCGCUGGCGCGGGAGCGGGAGCGGCGGCUCCGGGCGGCCGUGGGGCGCUUCCAGGUGGCCUCGGAGGCGGCCGAGGCCGAGGCCUGGCUGGCGGCCGCGUCGCGCCGCGUGGCGGGGCCGGAGCAGGGCCACGACGAGCGCUCGGCCGGGGUGCUGGAGCGGCGCCUGCGGGAGCUGCAGGACGAGCUCCGGCGCCGCGGGGCGGCCCUGGCGGCGCUGCGGGAGCAGGCGCUGCCCGGCGAGCCCGGCCAGCCCGACGUGGAGCCGGGGCUGGCGGCGCGGCUGGAGGAGCUGGAGCGGCGGCACCGGGAGCUGGAGGCGCGGGCGGAGUCGCGGCGCCUGGAGCUGCGGGAGGUGCUGGCGCUGCUGGCGGCGCGGGGCGAGGCCGACGCCUGCGCCCUCUGGGUGGGCGAGCGGGAGCAGUGGCUGCUCUCCAUGGAGAUCCCCGAGCGCAUCGAGGACCUGGAGGUGGUGCAGCAGCGGUUCGAGACGCUGGAGCCGGAGUUGGCGGCCCUGGGCGCCCGAGUCGCCGCCGUCGGCCGCGCGGCCGAGGAGCUCCAGGGAUCCGGAGAACGGACCCGGGAGAGCGCCCGGGACACCUGGGAACAGCUCCGGGACAGGUGGGAGCGGUUCCGAGCUCUGGCCGAGCGCAAGAAGGCGGCGCUGACCUCGGCCCUGGACAUCCAGAACUUCCGCCUGGAGUGCGACGAGACGCGGGGCUGGAUGCGCGAGAAGGCGGCGGCCAUCGAGGCCACGCGGGCGCCGGGCCGGGACCUGGCGGGGCUGGCGGCGCUGGAGCGGCGGCUCUCGGGGCUGGGCCACGACCUGGAGGCCAUCCAGGGCAAGCAGCGGGAGCUGCGGGCGCAGGGGGAGCGGCUGGCGCGGGAGCAGCCGGAGCGGGGGCCCGAGGCGCGGGAGCGGCUCGAGGCGCUCGAGGCCGAGUGGGCCGCGCUGAGCCGGUGCCUGCGGGGCCGCCAGGACGCGCUGGGGCAGGCGCGGCGGCUCCAGGCCUUCCUGCGGGACCUGGCGGCGCUGACGGCCUGGCUGGCGCGGGCGCGCGCGGCCGCCGCCUCCGAGGACGUGCCGGCGUCGCUGGCCGAGGCCGAGGGCUCCCUGCGGCGCCACGAGGGCCUCGGCGCCGAGAUCUCCCACUACGGCGCCGAUUACCGGAGCGCCCGCGCCGCCGGCCGCGAGCUGAGCCAGGGCCGCGGCGACGCCCAGAGCCUGUCCCUGCUGCAGCGCCUGGACGCGCUGGACGCCGACUGGGACGAGCUGGGCCGCACCUGGGAGAGGCGGCGGCAGCUCCUGGCCCAGGCCGUCGCCUUCCACGUGUUCCUGCGGGACGCCAAGCAGCUGGAGGGGACGCUCGGGAAGCAGGAGCACGCGCUGGCGCUGACGGAGCUGCCGGGGACGGUGCCCGGGGCCGAGGCGGCCGUGAAGCGCCUGGAGGAGGCGCUGGCGGCCAUGGAGGCGGGGGCCGAGCGUGUCCGGGCGCUCUCCGACACCGGCCGGAGGCUCCUGGGCGAGGGCGGCGUCCACGCCGAGAAGGUGCGGGAGACGGUGGAGUCGGUGGAGAGCAGGCACCAGAAGAACCGGGAAUCGGCCCAGGAGCUGCUGGGGCGGCUGCGGGACAACUGGGAGCUGCAGAAGUUCCUGCAGGAUGCGCAGGAGCUGACCCUGUGGCUCAACGAGAAGCUGCCGGUGGCGCGGGACGUGUCCUACGAGGGCACGAGGGACCUGCAGGGCAAGUGGCAGAAGCACCAGGCCUUCGUGGCCGAGCUGGCGGCCAACCGGGGCUGGCUGGAGGCCCUGGAGAAGGACGGGGAGCAGCUGGCAGGGUCCCGUCCCUCCCUCUCGGGGCAGGUGACAGCCCCGCUGGGGGCCCUGCGGGCGCUCUGGGCGCAGGUGGAGGCGGCGGCCGGGGCCAAGGGCCGGGGGCUGGCGGAGGCGGCGCGGGCCGAGCGCUGUGCCCAGGCCUGCGCCGGGCUCCGCUCGUCCUCGGGGGUCCGGGCCCAGCUCCGCUCCGGCCACUGCGGCCAGGACCUGACCAGCGUGGGGGUCCUGCUGACCCGGCACCAGCUGCUGGAGACGCAGGCGGCGCUGCGGGAGCAGGAGGUGGAGGCGCUGCGAGCCCAGGCCGGGGGGCUCAGCCCGGGGCAGCCCCGCACCGGGGCGGUGCAGGCGCAGGUGCAGGACCUGGAGCGGCAGUUCCGGGAGCUGCGGGAGCCGCUGCGGGAGCGCGGCAGGAGCCUCGCGGCCGCCAAGGAGCUGCUCCAGUUCCGCAGGGACCUGGAGGACGAGCUCCUGUGGGUGCAGGAGCGCCAGGCCUUGGCCACCUCCACGGACCACGGGAAGGACCUGCCCUCAGUGCAGCUGCUGCUCCAGAAGAACGAGACGCUGCAGAAGGAGCUGCAGGGCCGCGAGCGCCGCGUGGCCGAGCUGCUGGAGCGGGGGGUCCCGGCGGCCGGGGGGGUCCCCCGGGAGGGGGUCCCCGUCGGGGGCGGCCCGGGUCCCGGCCUGCGCGAGGCGUGGCGGGAGCUGCGGGCGCAGGUGACGCGGCGGCAGCGGCGCCUCGAGGCCGCCUUGGCCGCCCAGCGCUUCCUCGGGGACGCGGCGGCCGCCGAGGCCUGGCUGGGCGAGCGGGAGCUGCACGUGCUGGCCCAGGACAAGGCCAAGGACGAGCCGGGCGCCCAGGCCAUGCUGAGCCGGCACCUGGGGCUGGAGCAGGAGCUGCGCGACUACGGCCGCACCGUGGAGCUGCUGCUGCAGCAGGGCCGGGACAUGGCGGCCUCGGGACACCCCGACAGCGACAGGCUCCGUGCCCGGGCGGCCCAGGUGCAGCGCCUGUACACGGGGCUGUGCCACCUGGCCGGGGAGCGCCGGGCCGCCCUGCAGGGCCACCACCGGCUGUGCCAGCUGCGCCGGGACAUGGACGACCUGGAGCAGUGGAUCGCCGAGAGGGAGGUGGUGGCGGCGUCGCGGGAGCUGGGCCAGGACUACGAGCACGUCACGCUGCUGCGUGACAAGUUCCGGGAGUUCUCCCGGGACACGGGCGGGCUGGGGCAGGAGCGGGUGGACGCGGCCAACGCGGCGGCGGCGGCGCUGAUCGCCGGGGGCCACCCCGAGCGCGCGGCGGUGGCGCAGUGGCAGGCGGGGCUCAACGAGGCCUGGGCCGAGCUGCUGGAGCUCGUGGCCACGCGGGCGCAGGAGCUGGCGGCCGCCCACGACCUGCAGCGGUUCCGGCGCGACGCGCGCCAGGUCCUGGAGCACCUGAGGGACAAGGAGCGCCAGGUGCCCGAGGAGCUGGGCCGGGACCUGCGCGCCGCGGAGGGGCUGGAGCGGCAGCACCGCGCCUUCGAGCACGACGUGCAGGCCCUGAGCGCACAGGUGUCCCAGGUUCAGGAGGCCGCAGCCCGCCUGGCCGGGGCGUAUGCGGGCCCGCGGGCGGAGGAGCUGCGGGCGCAGGAGCGUUUGGUGAGCGCGGCCUGGGCCGAGCUCCGCGGGCGCUGCCAGCGCCGCCGGCGCCUCCUCGGGGACACCGUGGAGCAGUUCCGGUUCCUCCGCGCCGCCCGCGACCUCCGGCUCUGGAUGGACGGGAUGCACCUGCAGCUCCAGGCCCGGGAGCGCCCCAGGGAUGUCACCGCGGCCGAGCUGCUGAUCCAGCAGCACCAGGGGCUCCGGGCCGAGCUGGACGCGCGCGGCGGCUCCUUCGAGUCGUGCGUGGCCGCGGGGACGGCGCUGCUGGAGCGCGGCCACCACGACGCCGACAAGCUGUCCCAGGAACUGGCCGAGCUCCAGGAGCGGCGCCGGGACAUCGGGAAGCGCUGGCAGGACAAGCUGGAGUGGCUGCAGACCGUGCUGGAGGUGCUGGUGUUCGGCCGCGAUGCCGCCACGGCCGAGGCCUGGCUGGCGUCCCGGGAGCCCCUGGCCCGCGCCCCCGAGCUGGGCUCCAGCCUGGCCGAGGCCGAGACCCUCCUCAAGCGCCACCAGAGCUUCCAGAAGGCGGCAGCCGCCUGGGAAGAGAGAUUCGCUGCCCUGGGGAGGCUCACCACGCUGGAGGAGAAGGAGCGGCGCCGGCGGGAGGAGGAGGAGGAGGAGCUGAGGAAGCAGCAGCAGCCGCCCCCAUGGCCCCCUGGCAGAGGCUGAGUCUGGGGGGCCCCCUGCAGAGACCCCAAGAGCCAGGAUGGAGGGGAGCCGCCAGACGGAGACCCCCGCCCUCAACGGGAUCCGCCCGACAGCACCACGGCCCAGAUGCCGGCGCUGCCCAGCGGGCCCAGGAGGGGGCCCGGCCCGGGGGGCGUCGCGGCCACGCUGCCCCCUCGCCCUCCCCCCGCCCCCGAGACCCUCGAGGGGGGGCUGUGCCGGAAACACGAGCUGGAGGCGCCGGGAAAGAGGGCGACCAACAGGUCCUGGCAGAGCGUGUACUGCGUGCUCAGGGGGGGGCUCCUGAGCGUGUUCAAGGACGCGCGGGGCGGGCGCGGGGUCCCGUUCCACGGAGACCCCUGCCCCCUGCGCGGCGCCCGCGCCCACCCGGCCACGGCCUACAGGAAGAGGAAACACGUGUUCAGGCUGGGGCUGAGCGAUGGGAAGGAGUAUCUGUUCCAGGCCAAGGACGAGGCGGACAUGGCCUCCUGGCUCCGGGUCAUCCAGGCCGCGGCCGCGCUGGGCCCGGGGGGUCCCCGGGAGGGCUCCGGGGGGGCUCCCAAGGGGAUGUCGAGGGCCCUGAGCCUCCCCCCGGUGCCCCCCCCGGCCGAGGGGGCCCCCCUGGCCCGCGAGCCCAAAGAGAGGGAGAAACGGUUCAGCUUCUUCAAGAAGAACAAGUAGAGCUUGGGGGGCCCUCGGGGGGACCCCGGAAUUGGGGGGGCCCUCAGGGGGACCCUGGAAUUGGGGGGGCCCUCGGAGGGA